UUUGGCAGAGACUCAGAGAUUUUCUCAUUCAGUCUUAGAAAUUUCAACCGGCAAGACCGGACUCUAAAUCUUACCGUAAAAAAGUUAACUAAAAUUCAAAAUUUUACAAACAUAUGGUGAAACAAGAUUUUGUAAACAAAAUCAUUUGUAUAUAUCUAGAAUCAUGCAGCGUUCGUCUUAUCCUCUACGCCACAUUGUGCGACCCAGCUUGACUGGGCUUUUAGGCGGCGGAUGGAUUGACCUCCGAAGGACUAUGGCCUCAGAUUCGUGGGGACGGGGUGACGGCAAUAACGAUCCCAAAUCGCCAAAGGCUGGCGUUCCGCGUGCCAGUGCUACAUCGACGGUGAUGAGUAAUGCCAGCUCCUACUCGCGUGGCGUUAACACUGGUGCUUUCGAGCGACGCAUCAAUCGGGAGGAUAAUAUGUGGAGGGAUCAGAGCUAUAUCGAUACAAAAUGGUUAAAUCCUCGCGAUCCCACUGCCUAUCGACCGAAUUUCCGUCCAACAGAGCCGACAUCGUUGCGCAAGCAGUUCAUGCGCAGUCCGGAUGAAAUAUCCCGUGAGGUGAUGGGUCGGGAUUGGGAGGAAACGGUCAGGACCUAUAAACGCAACGUCCGGAGCAGACACAGUGUGGCGCAGACAGAGGAGCGGCAAUCUGCGGAUAACACACGUAAUCGCCAGCAACAUUUGCAAUUGCUGCACAUGCAACACCAACAAGAGCAGCAACAAAAGCAACAGCAACAACAGAAGAAAAAUCAGCAGCAGUACAACCAUUGGGGCAGGAGUGUGGAGUCCCCCGAGGAUGAAUAAUUACGGCCC